AUUGAUUUGGAAGAAUAUGGAAACUCUGGGUAGUAAAGGGUAUCACAGUUACUAGUGAAAACCCUAUUUAUUACUGAUCAUGGCAAUUCUCUUUACAUUCUAUCUCAUUCUAUUCUGCAAUAUUUGAGAAUCACUGUCGAUAUACCUGGGUGUAGGUCCAGGAUAAUCCUUUGUUCCAUGGUCGUGGGACUGUUUCCAACCAGUACUAGCAAAAGCUUCAAAGAUGCAAUCAUGGAUUCUCCCCAGAGGCCACAAUUACCCCUCCUGUCAUCCUCAUCCCUUCUUGUAUGGUUUUGCCUUCCUAGUAAUUCUAUGUACUACAGUUGCAAGGCCUACAAAGGAAAAUACCAGGCUAGAGUUUUUCUUGACCAACUCUCUUUAUUCCAAUUUCCAUAGCCUCAGGACAAGAGAGGAAUUGGAAAUCAUGGUUGAAGAAGCAAUAGGCAGCGUCUCGAUCAGAAGAGGUCUCAAAGGCCAUGAGUUGUUGCCGUUCACAGUACAGUUCCUUAGGGGCCGAUGGUUUGCACUGUUUGCCUCCUUCUUAAUCAUGGCUGGAGCUGGUGCAACAUAUUUAUUUGGCACAUACUCCAAGGAGAUCAAAGCUACUCUUGGUUAUGAUCAAACGACACUCAAUCUCUUAGGCUUCUUCAAGGAUCUCGGUGCUAAUGUUGGGGUCCUUUCUGGCCUUGUUGCUGAGGUAACACCAACUUGGUUUGUGCUCCUACUUGGGGCUGCACUCAACUUUGGAGGUUAUUUCAUGAUAUGGUUAGCUGUGACCGGAAAAAUAGCCAAGCCAAAGGUUUGGCAAAUGUGCAUUUACAUCUGUGUUGGAGCCAAUUCUCAGAAUUUUGCAAAUACGGGAGCUCUUGUAACCAGUGUCAAGAACUUCCCUGAAAGCAGGGGUGCCAUGUUAGGUCUCUUGAAGGGCUUUACAGGGCUAAGCGGAGCUGUCAUGACACAACUUUACUUGGCAAUUUAUGGAAAUGAUUCAAAAUCUCUAAUCCUCCUUAUUGGGUGGCUUCCGGCUGCAAUUUCAUUGAUAUUUGUGUACACAAUUCGGACAAUGAGGCCUGUUAGGCACCCAAAUGAGCUUCGAGUCUUGUACCAUUUCCUCUACGCCUCGAUCGUGCUAGCAGUUUUUCUCAUGGCAUUAACUUUGGCUGAGAAACUGCUUACUUUCUCGAAAGCAGAAUAUGCUGGUGCUACCACAGUGGUUUGUUUCCUUCUCUUUGUCCCUCUCUUUAUUUCCAUUAGAGAAGAAUUAGUAGUAUGGAACAUCAAGAAACAGCCCAUAAAUCCUCCAACCGAGAUAGCGGCAGAGAAGUCAAAACCAGAAGCAGUUGAAUCAAAACAAGAGGCUUCGAACCUUAGUUCCUCAGAACAAGCUGAUGAAAAGGCAGGAAAGUCUUGUUUCCUUACCAUUUUUGAUAGGCCUGACAGAGGAGAGAACUACACAAUUUUGCAAGCACUGACAAGCAUUGACAUGUUGACUCUGUUUCUUGCAACAUUUUGUGGACUUGGAUCGAGCUUAACAGCCGUAGACAACUUGGGGCAGAUCGGCGAGUCGCUUGGCUAUCCGAAUAAAACAGUAACUUCUUUUGUGUCACUUGUUAGCAUCUGGAAUUACUUCGGGAGGGUCUUUUCUGGGUUUGUCUCCGAAACCCUGCUUGCAAAGUACAAGCUUCCGAGGCCACUCAUGAUGACAGCAGUCCUUCUGCUUGCAUGCAUUGGCUACCUCCUGGUAGCAUUUCCAGCCCCAGGUUCACUCUAUAUAGCAUCAAUAAUAAUUGGAUUCUCAUUUGGUGCGCAAUUGCCAUUGCUUUUCGCCAUCAUUUCUGAGCUUUUCGGCCUAAAGCACUACUCUACAUUGUUCAAUUGUGGACAAUUGGCUAGUCCUCUGGGGUCAUACAUAUUCAAUGUGAAGAUUACUGGUUGGCUGUACGACAGAGAGGCAUUGAAGGAUCUUGCAGAGAAAGGUCUAACACGGUCCUCGGUGAAAGAAUUGACUUGCAUUGGCACUCAUUGUUACAGGGUACAGUUUAUAAUUUUGGCUGCUGUUACAUUCUUUGGAGCCUUGACUUCUCUGAUUUUGGUGGUGAGAACUAGGAGUUUCUACAAAAGCGAUAUAUACAAGAAGUUCAGAGAAAAUGCUGAGAAGUUAUGAUACAGGAAAGAGUCAUUCGGCCUUGGCAUCUGAUAUAGAAUGGCGGUGAGAUUGAACUUGGUUCACAAUUGAUACAGACUAAUGACAGAGUUGCAAAGUGGGCUUGUUCCCAUUUCUUUUCCGUUCUUUUCUCCUCCCUUUGGCACGGAUGGUUUCAAAGGCAUCCCCACGUUGUCAUCUGUUUAAAUUUUUUAUGUACAAUUACUUCCUCAUAAUCUAAAGCUGCUUUUAGAAAAGAUUGGAGAGUGCCCGGCGGGGAAUGCUCAUUUCAUUUGACUUGUGCUGGCAUAACUUUUGGCUUUUAUCAUUUGUUAAUAUCUGCUCAAACUUCUUUGUCAGCAUUACAUGACAAAAUAAGGCUCAGUGUCAGCCUGGGAGCCUAACCUUUUUCCCCAAUUCGGUGAUGUCUUCUUCCUAUGUGUCAGAAUCUGUGAGUCACGGGUGGGUUGUUGGCAAGUGGCAACUUGUGAUCGGGUGGAUUCGGAAAACACUGCAUGACUUUCAAGACUUCAAAUUUGUCUGUUAGACUCCGCAGCAUCUGGUUUUAUGGAAUUUAACCUGUUCUAGUUCUAGGAGGGGUUUUCCAUUUUCUGCUAGAGUGGGAUUUUGCAAUCUUGGUCAGCCAUGCCAAGCCAAUCCAAAACCAUCCACGCCCCAGUCUCAACCUCCUAGGUGCCCUCUGGCCCAUUUCCCAUCACUCAUCCCCACAUCAGGAAUGAGAUAUUAUUGCAAGAAGCAUGAAUCUAAAGGGAAAAACUUGUAAACAAAUGGCAAAUUGCAAAUGCUUGUUUAGCUGUUUACUAUAAAAAAAUGUAAUACUAUAAUCACAUCAAGUCAAGUCAAGCCAUAACCAAAUGCCAGCUGCCAUUGCAGCAUCAAUUGUGGGUCAAAUACAGUACUAUUUCUAUUCAUCCAAAGAAAACUUAGAUCUCGUUUGGCAUUACGUUUAGCAGUAGUUUAAUGGAUUCAUUUCUCACGUUACGCAACAGCAAUGUAAAACUAAACGUUAGUAUAGUACUAUAAUAUAUCUUCUUCUCGCUAUAUUAUAUUGUUCCUAGUAACGAUCGUCCAUAGCUCCUCCUCUAUCUAUGGAUGUUUGAAGAAAACAAGAAGUUCAUGUGGAUUUAAUAUUGAAACUUAGCCUUGAAAUCCUGUCACUAUCUAUAUUACAUUGUGCUAAUUGGUUCCAAAAUAUUAUAUAUCUACAAUAAUCCUCGUUUGAUUAAUGGGUUCGAUCCAUCUCCUGUCAAACCCAAAGCAUUUGCUUUCCAUUUGUAGUCUUUGAG